GAAGCUGUGUCCGUGCCACAAGAAUAGUGAAUAUGAAACUCCCCCUGCUCCUGCUGCUCCUCCUGCUGGGGACAGUUGCUGCUUUUCAUCUGGGGAAUGAUGCCACCUAUCAGGACAGCCAAGAGUCACAGGCAGACCUGAGCCAGGAUCUGGAAGGCUCUGGGGAGCAGGAGGGUGAGGCAGUCCUGACUGAGGAGGCGAUUCAGUCUGAAGGAGAGCAGGUGAAGGCUUCCAGCCUCAAAGAUGCCUUUGAGGACAAGAAGGCCAUGGAGUCAGACCCAGGUGCCCUUGACAAGAACUUGCAGUGCCCCAGGGCCGAGGACACGGUGGAAAUUCGGGGCGGUCCUGGGUGCAAGACCUGCCAGUACGUGUUGGUGCGGACUGUCUUAACAUUUGCAGACGCUCAGAACACCUGCAGGAGGUGCUACAGAGGCAACCUCGUCUCUAUCCACAACAUCAGCAUCAACAUUUAUGUCCAAACGUUGGCCAGGCUGCUGCAUGUCUGGAUUGGAGCAUCCUAG